UGUACGGCUGUUCGCUUGUCUCGACUCUAUUCGACUAGUACACAUAUUCCUCGCAAGUGUCACGUUGCGGUCGAGAGGAAAUUCACGUUUGUAAGCGACGAUCGUUCGUCGGGGAUCGUCUUCGUCGUCCUUCCUUCCUUUCGGUCAUCCACAUUUACGUAGAUACAUAUAUAUAGAUACAUACACAUAUACAUUUUAACAUAUAUACGUAUACGUAUAUAUAAUGUUAGUGUAUUUCCUUUCUCAUCCUAUUUACGACGAUCGUCGGAGAACAGGUUGGAGAUGGAUUUGGCUUUAAAAUGAAAUGCGCGAUCGAGGAUGCGAAAGGGAGCAGGCGUGGACUGUUCGUCGUCUGAGGUCAGGCGUGGGGAUGAACUCUACGGGGACUGCGAGAGGGAGGAGGUCUGGGGCGCUUCCUGUGCUUGGCACUAGCCUAAAAAAGCUCCACAAACAGAAUCGCGACCGAAUGUCUUUUCAAUGCAACGAAAAUGGUGAAGUGUGGGAAAAAGUGGGCAUUGAGUAAAGGCUUCGACUGCUCGAAUCAUGACAGAGGCGUCGGAGGAUGGUAACUACUUAGUGAGGGUUCGUGCCCAAGUAAUGACAAGAGAUGACAGUUCUGGUGGAUGGGUUCCUCUAAGCGGUGGUGGAUUAGCAAAUGUUUCGGUCAGACGUAGAGCAACUUCAGUGGGUGGACUUCAGUCUAAUAAUACCAAUGGUACAAGCAUCUCUACUUCGAAUGUUACCACUACAACUUCAACCACCAAUUCUCUUUCGAGUACAACUGUCAAUGCACAGGGUCAUGGAUCUAGUACUUCUCCACCUAGUGCGACAAAAAGAAAACAUGAAUAUCUUAUCUAUGGAAAACGUAUCACCGAUCAAUCGGUUGUUCUUAGUUGUACUAUCAAAAAGGAUUUUGAAUAUAACAAGGUAAUGCCAACUUUUCACCAUUGGCGGACAGGAGAGAAAAAAUUUGGAUUGACAUUUCAAACAGCAGCAGAUGCAAGAGCAUUUGAUAAAGGCGUACGUACUGCAGUGGAAGAAUUAUUGGAAGGACUUGCGGAAUCUACAUUAUGCGCCAAUUCUGCAGAUGGUGGUGAUGAAGAUGUUUUUAUGACCUUAAAUCUACCUGUGGAUCCUUUAGAUCCACGUCCAUCUUCCGAUACAUCUCGUGGAAUAGUUCGUGUACCUAAUUACCAUUCCCAGUGUUCAGAUCUUCUUGAUUCAUACAAACCGAUUCAUUACAUCGGUGGAUCUACCAACAAAGUACCACUAUCUCAACAUCCUUUAACAUCAACUGCAGAUAUUGGAUCUGAUAAUUACUCCUAUGUGCAUCUCACAACAGUUAAUCAUGAAUAUUUAUAUCCCAUCGUCGAUGAUCAUAAAAGUGAUAGAUUAGACAGGCACAAUACUGGAAGUUCUUUGAAAAAACCCGACAUUAUAGUGUCUCAACCUUCAAAAAAUACUAUUAAACGUAAUGUUCGGUUACGAUGUAAACAUUGCCAAGAAUUAUAUUCUGAGCAGCACAAUCCUAGAGGAUCUUGCGAGUAUGCUCCUGAUCCUAUUAGACGUGGAAUAGCAACAAUUUCUUGUUUAUCAUGUGCUCAGUGUAUGCUGUAUCAUUGUAUGAGCGAUGCUGAAGGUGACUUUGCCCAAAAUCCUUGUAGUUGUAGUACAGAAGAAGGAUGUGGGAGAAGAUGGAUUGGUCUGGCACUAUUAUCAUUGAUCGUUCCUUGCUUAUGGAUUUAUCCACCACUCAGAGCUGUUCAUUGGUGUGGAAUGUCGUGCGGAAUGUGUGGAGGUCGUCAUCAUCCUACAGAAUAACUGGAGGAUCCCUUUGAUGCCUCUGCUCCAUACUCAGUUGAGUCAACCAAGUUUUCAUCAUCGCGUAGUGCAGUCGCUAAUGUGUAUGAAUGUUACGAUCUGAGUAUGGGACGUUGUCAGAGGUAUCAAAGGGGCAGACAGUUUCCAGUACAUGCACUGAUUCACCAACAUCAUCUGUGAGAAUUUAACUGACAAAGAAAAUGAUACCAGCACAAGAUGUUGCAUUUAGCCUUCACACUGUGUAUAUUCCGUACAUUUUGUAUACUUUAUUAGCAGUAUGAAUUGUUUAGUCACAACUGUAUAUUAAACGAUUGAAAGAUGGAAGUAAGAUAGUAUUUACACUUCCACAAAUUGGUCUUUGGAUAGCAGCAAUUGGACUGAGCAACUAUGCGUUGUACAUUAUGAGAGUGUAAAUUAUGAGAAGUGUAAAUUAUGAGAAGUGUAAAUUAUGAGAGUGCAGCUGUGAAACGUCGCAAAAACUUUUUAUUCCCAGUUUGAAAUAUUCUCUGCCUCAUGUAAUGUGUGUAUAGCAGCACAAUGUCCACACUGGAAUCGAGCAUUGCUGCGAUUGUCAGAAUGAAAGUGUAAGAAUGUGUUCUAUUCAUAAGUUCUGAUUAUACUAAACAAGUUGAAGCCAGUAUUUGCUAAUUUUCUAGCCCUUAUUAGCGUGUAAUAAAGCGGGGAAACAAGAGUAAAUUGAAAAUGUAAAGUUAAUCGAGAUAUCGUAAAAUUGCUCUGAAUUUAUCAUUUAUUAGCCGUUGAAAAUUAUCUCGUUAAAAUAUAUGAUGGAAAGCAUUGCAAUAUUUGCAUGUAUCCUAUGUUGCUGCUACAGUCACUUGAAUAAUUAAUUUCCUAAAAAAUAAAAAAAUUAUUGUCAAGGUGAUUGAAUAAUCUUCUAAGUUGCAAACCAUUUUAUGGGUGCCUAUAUUGUACAAAUUUUGUGAUAUUUUAGAACAUAUUAUGUGUAUUUUUAUGUAUUUUAUCGAUAAAAAUAGAUUGACAAAAGCUGGCUGCAUCUCAUAAGAUGCAAACAGUAGCUAUUAUUUAACGAAUACAACUUCUUCAUAAAACAAAUACAAAUAUUUGUGACCAGUGCCUGAUGUAAAGAAAAGAUUUAUAAUCAUUAAUUGAAUUUGUCUAAAUAUUAUUUAAUAAAGAGUAAUGACAUAUUAAAGAAGAUUAAAAUAUAACAUUACUAAUUAAAUAAUGAUCUGAUUCUUAAUACUGUUCAUGGCACUUAAAGUAUUUUAUAAUUUUCAUUUUAAUUUUUACUUAUUCUUAUUAACGAUAAUAAACUAUUUUAUUUUAAUGCUCUCUCUAAUGCUUAUGCUCUCUUUUGAUGAUAUUUAUUCGUAUAUUAUAUGCAUCAAUGCAGUAAUAUUGUACAUUUAAAGUAUUUAUAAAAAAUGAUAAAUUCUUCCUUACUUGCAGAUCAGUUUUAUUGAAAGUUUGUAAAUAUAUUUAUGAUCUGCUUCAUAUUAGUACUAUCAGUUUUUUAAGUAGAUCCAAUUUACUUUAUCUUAUAUAAAAUAAGAAGCAGCUAGCUUAAGCAAUAAUUAUUAUCAUGAUCUUUCAUAUCUAACUAUGUUAGAAAAAUAUAUAUACAGGCUUUUUGUUUCACGCUUUUUCCGUCAAACUGUGCCGUAUGUUUUACGAGUAAAAAUAAGAAAAAAUUUUAUAUAAAUAUAGACUUACAAAUGCUUUGUUAAAAAGUUAUAACAAUAAUUAAAUUAUUAUUAAUAUAGUGUUGCGUAAAAGCGAUCUAUUGUGUUUACUAUUAUUCAUUAUAGUAGCCGUCGAUGUAAAUCGUAUCUGCGUAUUUUUACAUAUAAAAAGAACCAUAGAAUUUUAACAUAAAGUCGUACAAAUCUAAUAAUAAUAGAAGAUAUAUCGAUGACAAAAGAUACUUAUUAUUUCGACCUUGUUAAGUAAUAAACAUAACGACGAUCUUUAUUCAUUAUAAAAUUUGUGUUUACUACUCAUUUCAUUUCAUUUUUCUUAUAACUUUGUAACAAAACAUUUGUAAGUCUAUGUUUAUACAACAUUUUUUUUUCUUAUUCCUAUGUAAAACGUAUUGGUGCAGUUUGGCGGAAAAAAUUGGAACAUCCUGUGUGUGUGUGUGUAUAUAUAUACGUACAUGUAUAUAUCUAUAUAUGUAGAUAGAUAUAUAUAUGUAUAUAUAUAUAUGUAUACAUACAUAUAUAUAUUUAAAAGACAUGUUGAAGAAAUAUCUACAGAUCUGAUUAAAUAUUUAUAAAAAUUGAUUUGCCAUUUAAUCAUGAUACUCUUAGAUAAAUAGUGCCAUAAUAUAGAUCAUAUUAUUAUACUUGACAGCUAAGCACAAAUUUAACAUUGCAAAGAUUCUUAUAUUUGUUUAUUAUAUUAUGUAAAUCACCUUGACAUUCAUCUCUAUGUAUAAAGAGAAUUAUUGUAUAUAUAGAGAUUGUAAAAUAUUUUUUAAACCAAAGCUUCAAAAUGUUGUGCUAGAUAGUUCUUCAUGAUCAGCUUAUUGAUAUUGUAAAAUAUUUACAAUAUUAUUUUUAAGAAAUGGUUGCUACAAAAUUGCUAACAAUACAUAUGUAUAUGUAGAAACAAUUUAUGAGAAAUAUGUUAUUUGUUAUAUAAUUAAACUACAAGCAUGUGAUUGUUCUGCAAACUUUAAUAACAGCAAUGCAUGAUAUAUUUUAGAAUUGUACAAAGUGACAAAGAAUGUAUUUUAAGAAUAGUACACGUCUAUGCUUAUUUAAAUAAUUAAUACUUUGUUAUGUCCAAUAUUUCUAGUCUAUUAAUAUAGUAAUGUUUAUGCAUUGCUUCUCAUAUGCCAUAAAAAAAUAAGUAUCAAAAGUUUAUACAAAACAACUAUUUGUAUUUUCCUCCAAAAAUGAAAAUUUAUUAUUCUUAAAUUCAAAAAGUAUGUAUAUAUAUAUAUAUAUAUAUAUUAUUGUACAUACAUACUUGUUUUAUUUGAAAGUUUUUAUUGAAGUAUCUAAAUGUUAUAUGUCAUAUGAUGGCUAGCCUUUUUCCAUGGUAGUUCAUAUUUAUGAAUACUGAUUUAAACAUCCAUCCAUCUAUAGUAAAUAUUUUAUUGAUGUGUUCCGUUACGCCCGUCUGAAUGCAGUAAAUUUUUAAUUAUAUUUUAGAAUAUCUAUCUUUAAAUAAUUUACUUAAUAAUUAUACUUGACUACAUUUUAAAAUAGCAUACAUAUAAAUAAUAAUAUAAUGCAGAGAGAGAGAGAGAACAUAUUAGAAAAUUGGUUCCUAAAUAAAUGCAGUAAUUUUGAGGUUUUCACAAAUGCUUAUUUUGAAUAGAAAUUAACGAGUUUUAAUUCUAUUUAUAAAGCAACACGAUGUUUGUAAUUAAAAAAAAAAAAAAAAAAAAAAAAAAAGAGAGAGAAAAAAAAUCAAAGGAUAUUGAUCUAAUUACGAUGAAUGACUUCUGUACAUUAAUUGCGAAUAUUUCAUAAAUUUUCAUUUAACCUAAAUUUAAAGUACAAAGAUUUCUAAAGUAUAUUUAAAAAUGUAUAUAUAUAUUUCAUUUUUAUUUUCAUUAAUAUAAUAAUUGUUUAUGUUAUGUUACGAUUUCUUAUUUAUCAUAUAUUAAUACAUGCAAAAUCAUAAACUAGGUUACGAAUACGAUUGUUUUUUUUUUGUUUUGUUUUAUAGUAUUUUUCAGUCUUGAUUAAAAAAAAUUUAAGAUAUCUUUUUUUAUGAAUACUUGCUAUCCGAUAAAAAAUUACGUUUCAUUUACAAUAAUACACACUCGCGCGCUAGAUAUACUAUUUAUAGAUACAUAUGCAUAAUAAAAUUAUCCUCAAUUUUACAAAACUGUAAGUUACAUUUGGUAGUACGUAUAUUACUUAAGCUAAAUGUAAUCUCUUGAGCUUCGAUAUUUUUUUUUAAUUAAAAAUUUACUUAUCAACAAUAAUUGCAAGUAUUUCUUAAUAUGCAAUUACUCAAUUUAUUCUUAUAAAACAUAUUGAUUUCAUAUUAUUCCAUUGUAAUUUCUACUAUAGAUAUCAUUUGUAUAAUACCAAUCUUGUGGUAUGUAUUAAUACCAAUCGUUUGGUUAUAGAAAAGUACAAAAGUUACUUUUUCUGUAAGUUUGUUGUGAUGAUCUAUACCAAAUGAGGAUAAUGUGUAUUACGGUUUUUACAGAUUGACAAAUGAAGUGUGCCUGAAAAAUAUCCUGUUUAAAUUUUCUCAAUGAUUUAGUAUGAGUGUUUAACGUAAUUGAAGCACAUCUUAAAAGUAUCGUAUCAUAGUGAUCAAUUAAUCGGAAGAAAAUAUAAAUAAUAUAAUUUGUACAAGAAUGAUAAAUAUAUUGGUGAUAAUAAUCAUUAAUACAAAUAGAGGAAUAUACGGAUGCAUGCAUGUGUGCGCGUGUGCGUACGUGCGUGUGGGCAAAAGUGGUAUGUGCAAAAAUUCACACAAAUAAAUAAGUUUAAACGGAUAUGCACAUAUAAAUACACACAAAGCUAUUAUAAAAAUUCUCAAACUGGGAUAAUUCGCAAAAGUGCCUGCCAAAAGUAAAACAAGUGUUAAACGUUUGUGGCAGCACUCGAGUGAUGUGAGAUUAGUUUGUAAAAACUUGUUCUACGAGACUCUCACUCACAAUGUAAAUGCUGCAAGAUCAACGAGUAAGAUUUUAAUUCACAGAUUCAUUGUACCAUAAAUGUUUAAAUCUUGUAUCAUUGUAAUUAAAGAAAUAUGUAUCAUAAUCCAGCUGUAUAAAAAAUAAAAUAUAUUGUAUCACAAUGAAA